AUGCCUAGAUGCAUCUUUGUGACUUUGCUGAAGGCUUUAAGACUUCCUGCCCUGUUUGAUGAUUUCACACUUGUUGGGCCAAAGCAUUCCAUUAUCCCAUUGGAUCGUUUUCAAAUUGAGGAGCUGGUACAGAGACUGGACAAAGAUAAAACAGGAAUGAUUGACUACAGGGGCCUGGCUGAUACCCGGAAGCAAAUGAUGCGGGAUUAUCGACGUCAGCUUCGGAGAGAAGAAUCUCGCCUGAAGAAAGAAAAACAUAAGAGUGAACGUGUGCUGAAGACUUUCCAGUCUGCUGUUGAGAUGCUUUCGCCACACAGCUCUGCAGUCUUGUCACCUGGACAGAAAGUACAAGUUGAAGAAACAUCUGUCAGUGCUCCUCAUUUUUCAACAACUCCUUUAAGUUCUUGGCACCAUGUGAUGAUGACAAAUAGUAGUCGGUAUUCAGUGCCAACCAUGAGCCAGGAAGCAGCACAACACCUCCUAUCAUUUAGUGAACAAUACUCUACAUCCCACAUGGGUCUGUUGGCUUCUGAAAUUGAAGAUAAAUAUGACUCUGAACCCCAUGCCAGCUCUCAACCUCAAAUGUCUUCCCAACAGCCAAUUAUGGCUUAUGACGAAGAAGCUCAUCUUAAAUCUCAGCCUAACAUAAACUCUGCUGUUCAUAAAGGGAGGAACAAAUCCAAGAAUUCCAUCCGACGUAAAUUUGCUAAGACAAGCUCCACCCCCAAGAAACUAAACCCCAAAAACAAAGUAACAAAACCGUGAACAGAAAUGAGCUAGCAACACAAAAUCACAGAAAUUGAUUUCCCCUUUAAAUUUAUGUU